CCGACAGGGUUUGCCGUAGUUGGGAAGAUGGCGACCGUAUCGCUGGUUAGCCGUCCUGCGAGUGUCCUUUCAAAGAUUUCAAGCAGCUGCUCCCCUGCUUUGCUGUCAGCUGCCUCUGUCACCACAGUCCAGCAGAGGAAGCUGCACCAUGCUCUCAUCCCCAAAGGGAAAGGAGGACGCUCAUCUUUUAGUGGCGUAGCUGCCACAGUGUUUGGUGCCACAGGUUUCCUGGGACGAUACGUGGUCAAUAGGCUGGGUCGGAUUGGCUCUCAGAUUAUAAUCCCUCAUCGCUGUGAUCAGUAUGACCUCAUGUACUUCAGGCCCAUGGGUGAUCUUGGGCAAAUCAUCUUCAUGGAGUGGGAUGCCAGGAACAAAGACUCCAUCAAACGGGCUAUGGAGCACUCUAAUGUUGUCAUCAAUCUGGUGGGCAGAGAGUGGGAGACAAGGAACUAUCGCUUCGAGGAUGUGUUUGUGAACAUCCCUCAGCAGAUUGCCAGGGCAGCCAGAGAAGCUGGUAUCACAAAGUUUGUCCACAUGUCGCACCUCAACGCUGACAUACGCAGCCCAUCCAAAUACCUGAGGAACAAGGCUGUAGGAGAGAAGGCAGUGAGAGAUGAGUUUCCUGAUGCCAUCAUCAUGAAGCCCUCUGAGAUGUUUGGGAGGGAGGACAGAUUUUUCAACUAUUAUGCAAACAUGCGCUGGUUUGGAAAUGCUGUUCCUCUUAUUGCCCUCGGGAAGAAGACAGUGAAGCAGCCUGUUCAUGUGGCGGAUGUGGCUAAGGCUAUUAUCAGUGCUAUCAGAGACCCAGAUGCUAAUGGAAAGACAUAUGCACUUGUUGGACCCAACCGUUACCUGCUUCGUGAUCUGGUGGAGUAUAUUUAUGCAGUGGCACACCGACCUUUUGUGCCCUACCCUCUGCCUCGCCCGCUCAUUCACCUGGCUGCCCAGUUCUUUGCAAUGAAUCCAUUUGAGCCCUGGACAACCCCAGACAAAGUGGACAGGUUUCACACAACAGACAUGAAGUACCCAGGACUCCCAGGGCUGGAGGAUCUCGGCAUCACUGCUGCUAGUGUAGAGCAAAAGGCUAUAGAGUUUGCGUCGCCACGCCGCUUCCGUUACCUGGAAGCCGAACUGGAUGAGACGAAGCAAGCCAAGACUGUCAACUAUUAAACCAUCCAAUGAGAAAUUUCCUUCAGUGCUUGUCUUUAACUCUAUUCUGUAUAUAAAUAAAGAAUUAUCCUCCAA